AUGAUCGCCGCGAUGAUCCGACCGGAGGACACCAUACGCGGGCCACGCUCGUUUCGCGGCGAGGCUGACGAAGAUGAUACAGAAAAAGGGCUGGAGGCGCAGGUGCCGCCUCGCCUGUCGAGCGACGAUGUUUCCCCUGGUCUCGACGACGACGGGAGCAGGCCCGGUACAGCAAUGAGCGAAACCCAUGGCGGCAGUAGCAGACCGGCCGCAUCUAGGCUGCUCAGCCCCGACGAGACCAUUGAUCUUGUGCGGCGCACGGUAGAAACGGGAAUCCAGGAUACCAAACGCUCGUUGGCCGGAAGCGAGGCUGUUAGCCAGGUGGUCAAGCCGAAGCUGACCAUCGAUCUGGGGCAUUCUCGCAUCGUACGAAUCCCAGAGCCUGUGGUGGAUAUAAUCAAAGAUGAAGUGGAAAGGAUUUCCUUGUCCAACAACCACCUCUUCCACAUUCCGUAUCGCUUCGCCGAGUGCUCUCAUCUCCGAUACCUCAACAUCAGAGCCAAUAGUUUCCGUGAAUUCCCCAAAGGAGUCUACAAGUUGCCGCUUCUGGAGAUUCUCGAUCUCAGUCGAAACAAAAUCACUACCCUACCUGAUGAAAUCAAGAAACUGUCCUCGCUGCGGGUGCUGUCUAUCAUGCAGAAUCGCCUGGACGAUCUACCACCCGGUCUUUCCGAUAUGAAUAAACUUCAGAUUCUCAAGGUCGCCGGCAAUCCAUUACAAUACCCCCUGCGGCGUACCUUGGAGGACUCUGAAAAUGACAUGGCCAGCUCUGCAAUGACAGACAAUGAGAAGGAGGUGGCGGUGACUGCCGAUUUGAAGAGAUUCCUCAAGGUUCGCCAGCAAGCAAAUACGCCAGAGCCAGAGGGCGGCAAUGACACGAGUGAUGGGACGUUCGAUCCCCCGAAACCUCAGCCAGUCAAACGGAAGCUGAGUAGUCGUUUCCCCGUGAUUCCAAGCACUGGGGACAACUCGGCAGCGUCCUCCAGAUCACCGUCACUGUCGCGGCCUCCGCCGCCCAUCCCCGUCAAAUCCCACAAUCGCAUGGCGUCGGGACAGCCAGGUGCUACCUACCAAAUGGCUGGUCUUCAGCGCCCUGGCGUUACUCCACACACUGCCGCUGAGCGUAACCGCAGCAACAGCGAAGGCAUCAUCCAAGCAUCCUUUGCGGCCCGGAACAAACGCAUGGGGGUCAUUACUCGCAAGAAUACCGAUCUCGGCACCUUGGACGAAACGCGUCGAGGGAGCUAUCAAAACAGCCACCUGCGAGGUCUCAGUCAUGGAUCCGUUCUUCGAGCACGCCCGGCCGGUCCGGCACCUGCCAACGGCAGUGGUUCUUCAAGCCCUGGUAGCCCAAGAGGAGAACGCAGGCGUCUCCGGGACGGAUGGGUCAAUCGGAUGUCUAGUCUUCCUGAGCACAAGGGCGAGCGAGGACCUGAUGAACCGAUCAUCAAGUGCGCCAAAGGGAUCCUGUUUGCACUUUUCCAGGUCCACUCCCAUAUUUCCACGCUGAUAAACGUGAUCAAGCGCGACGAUACACGACGACACAGCCUGGAAAUCGUUUUCUACAAUGCUUCCACACAUGUGGAUCGGCUCAAUGAGGCUCUCGAGGGCGCCGAAACCUUGUUGACCGAGGAUCCGGACUCUUCAUCGUCAGUUACAGAGACCGUGAAGAGUGAAUGCGAGACCUGCAUCAGGGCUUACACUCAUGUUGGCACACAGCUGCGCCAUACAGCGGCCAAGAUUGUUGCUAAUGGUGACGGGCGAUAUGUACGAUCGCUGAUGUUGAUGAUGUAUGGCAGUCUCGUGGAGCUACGAAACGCCUGUGCCAGUCUAAACGUCCCACUCCGAUCUGUUAACAAGCCUCUCUCCCCCACAAAACGCGAAGGACGUUCGGUGAUUAAGGAGACACCGGCCACGGACCGGUUCCAGGGCCCCAUGGUCACUCCAACACGGGACCAAACCCCGCCAACUCGGCGCCUCCGAAGUGAUACCACAAUCCGACAUCCCCAGCCCCCGCGGUCGCCUAGCUUUACAUCAUCCUCUUCCUUCAACUAUGGCCGCAGUCGUUCCAGCAGCCGAUCGAACUUGGUCAACACCUCUGUGCCGUCUUCAAUGGCAACACCCCGCUCUGGGGAAACCUUCCCUCCUAUUUCCACCACCGCCAUGCCUCGUAUCAACCCCUUGACCGGAUUAGACGAGAUCGAAGAGGAACGGAUCUUCGAAAAGAUCUUCCACCAACUCACAUCCGCAUACACGGCUGCCCUGCAAGCAUUGCCUCUCGCACGCCGGCAAUUUUCCCGAUGCCUUGAGGUGGCAGAACAAUCACGCGAGUCCGAGGGAAUACAGAUUGUCUGGAACAACCUUAUUCGCCGAUGUAGAUUCUGCCUCGAAGUAUCGGAGGCACUAGGCAUCCGCCUUUCCACGAUGAAAGUCAAAGAACCAGGUGGCGGACUACGCAAUCAACGCGAAUUCUGGCAGCUCUGCAAGACAUUCAUGCAGUCAUUUGUGGAACUCGUGACAGACAUGCGCGAAGUGAGAAGCAUGCAACUCCUCCCAGGCGAUAUCAUCAUCAUCUUGCGCCCCGUCCAAAAAGCCAGUCGGGAAGCCGGCCGCUUGAUCGAGGCUUCUCCGUGGUCCUACCUCGCCGACAUGGCAUCCACCCAAGGCGCAAGCACGUUGUACGGCCCGCCCCUGCAGACAACGCACUCCCAACACCAAACCUCGUCCUCCACCUCCGCCAUCUCUCACCCGAACGCCUUCCAGCUCAGUGCCAGCCUGUCCCCGCAGUCUGUCACCGUCCCCGCUACACCGCUCAGUGCAGCACUCGGCCCGGCCGCGCAGGCUACUGUGCCCUCCACACCGGCCAGUGCGUACAGUGACAAGUUCUUUGAAGGAGACGUUUUCCAGCGCGCGGACUCCUUACUCUCGAUGGGGCAUCAGGCGCCGUACUUUAGUCGUCGGUGA